AUGUUCUGUGUUGUCAAGUAUUCUACUGAUAUCAUGGCUACGUACAAGUGGUAAGACAUCAGUUUUUGGUUUUUAAAAUAGCAUACUGCAGUAUUUAAGCAAUAUUUUUGGUAAAAACUCUAUUUUUAUGUUUUGAUUUCAAAGCUAUUAGUUCUUUACAUUGCUUUAGGUACAUUAUCUGGUCUAUCACAUCUGUCCAGCUUUACAUCAUGAUAAUGGCGUCGUAUGAAGUUGAAGUUUUUGAAUUUUACCGUUUUACCAUCUCUCGUGGUGUCAUCGAUUACUUUCAAGUAAGUACAUUAACAACUUCAAGCAGAAUUAUUAGUUUGUUCAAAUAAUUUUAUGCUCCUUCUCAAAGCAAAUUUUUGAGGUUACAAGGGACAGAAUUAUUUGAGCAACCUAAUAGUACCCUAAUCUUAUGAUUCCUUAUCAUAAAAUAUCUUUAUAAAGGCCAACAACAAUAUUACCCAAACCCCACUUUUCAGAUCCCUGAACUGGCCAUAGUCCUCCAAGCUUUGGCCUUUGCUUUCUUUGAAAUGUACACAGUAACAACCUUGUGCAGAUUUGUAUAUCGUUAUGCUCAAAGUACAAACAGACAGAAGAUAUUGUAUUUAAUGUCGCACAAACUCUUCUUUUUGGGCUUACUCAUGUUAUUAUUGUUCAUAUUAUUCAUGACAAUUAUCGAUGGUAGACAUGGAUUAGAAGAUGGACGAGAGUUUCAACUACAAUUUCCAAAUGAUAAUGCUGAGUUGAAAGAAUACAUCAUGAGUCAUAGUGUUACCUAUAUUAGAGUAAGUUUAUUUGAGAAAAACCGAUAAAUAAGAAGUUACUGGUGUACGUUCAACAGAAUAAUAAUAAUAUAAGUUCAACACAAGUUGAACAUUCCAAAAUUUAAAAAACAGCCACAUUUUCAUGAGCCGUUUUAUAUGCUAACCUCAAUUAGGCUAUUUAUAGCGAAGAUACCUAUGUAACAAAGCAAUGCCUUUAUUUCUCCACUUGUUGUUUGAUUGGGUUUGCCGCAAAAAAGUUCUCGUUUGCUUCUCUUCCCAUUCUCUUCUCUCCGUUUUUUCUUCUUGCGUCUCUUUAUUUCAAUCAUAUGAAAUGUGUCAAAAAUCAAAUGAGAGGCAAAUGUGUACGCCCAUAGCCCGUUGAACGCACGCCAUCCCGUCCGACAUGGCAAGUUAAGCAACGGUGCGCUUGAUUAGUACUUGGAUCGGAGACGUCCUUGGAAUCUCAAGUGGCGUACGCAUUUUUAAAAUUUAAAAUUAUUAAUUUAUAUUUCAAAAAAAUUUUGAUGGGUUGUGUUAAAAUAAAAUUAAUUGUGGAUACAGGUAGAAAUAGAAGUUUGGCAUAUUUUGCUUUUUAGGUAACAACAACUCAUUUUUAAAAUUAACAGUCAUUCAGAGUUCAUUACUGUAAACAAUAUGGUUUUCAGGCAGGCUACACCACUCGUGCCUUCAAACUCUUGUUCUACCCCUUAACCGUGGUAAUUAGCUCCAUCUGUGCCUACAAGUGUUACCGUUUCCAAAUGGAUCCAAGCAACCGUCUUACUGCCAAUACUCGUCAACUGUACCACUUGCUCAUCCUCAAUCUGCUCAUUGAAACUCUAGCCGAGUUUGUCUGGUUCAUCGUACCUUACGUCGCUAUACCUAUUUACUUGCCAAUCGAGAAACAUGUCAUUGGGUACUAUGUUGUGUACCGUCUGUUCUAUGCUUAUCCCACAUUCGUUAUGGUGUUUGUGUUGUUGUUCUACAAAAGAUACAACAUUGGAGUGAGAAAGUUGUUUGGCGUAUUGAAGAACAGUGUUAAGAGGCAACAAGUCAGCGUUACCGACGCCUUUACUGGAACUACUGUACCCAGAGAGUUUUAUUUAUCUUAA